CACUAAAGUGUGUUUGCACGCGAGCUCCGUAGCUCGUUCUAUUUGUACAGUCUAUGAUCGGACGUGGAAGUUCGAUUUAUUUCGAUUCAUAUUUGCAGUAACGCCGAGUAACGCCACGCGCCGCGCGUUGUUUGCUACUAUAUAUUGUACGCUACACGUGUCCUCACCUCGACUCCGAGUAUUCCGACAUCGUUGCUACAUAAUCGCUAACCUAACCUACAAUCUACAUUCGUGAAAACUGAUGACCGCUAACGUAUUUAUGCGGUUUUAUAUCGAUAUUUAGGCAGGCAGCUGUGUGCGACAAUAAAUAAUGGCGUCAGGACUGGAGAGCUACGUGAAUCACACAGUUUCCAUCAUCACAUCGGACGGUAGGAAUUUUAUUGGCACACUAAAAGGUUUCGAUCAGACUAUCAAUCUAAUUUUGGACGAAUCACAUGAACGUGUAUACAGCACUACGCAAGGAGUGGAGCAGGUUGUCUUGGGUUUACACAUUAUCAGAGGCGAUAACGUAGCAAUAGUAGGAGAGUUAGACGAUGAGAUGGAUGCAAGAUUGGAUCUAUCGACAAUACGAGCUGACCCCCUAAGUUCUAUCAUACAUUAAGGACUGAAAUCUUGCAAUUGGAGUCAUCGCCUAUUCUCGUCCAAAUUUAAAAUAAAAAAUCAAUCGCGAGUAUUAGAAAAAAGUAAUACAACUUUUCAUAUAGGUCGUAUAUUGUACAAAAAUUUUCCAUUUCUCAUAUAUAGACGUUUACCAUAUAAUUGUAUUUUAAAAAGUGCACAGAGUUAAUACAGCGGUAUUUACAUCAUUGAAACAAACCGAAAAGUUUGCGUUUGAAUCAACAACUCUCGUCUGUACAAAAAUCUUGCUAUAUAUAAUAUAAUAAUAAACUUUACUCUUUACAAAUGUAA